AUGGAGCAAGAAAGGGUUGAGAAAGCACUUCAUAUUGUGGUGCUAGCAGAUCAGGGACAGGGCCAUAUAAACCCAAUGCUCCAAUUCUCAAAACGCCUGGCUUCCAAAGGAAUCAAAAUCACAGUAGCUACCACGCUCUCCAAUUCCAUGGCCAUGAAAGCUGCUUUAUCUAACUCCAUGAUCACUUUUACAUCUAUUUACAAUGAUUGCUCUGAAGGCGGGCUGGUCGGCCCAGGAGGUUUCAAAGGAUUUCUUGACAGAUUCCAGGCCAGUGGCUCAACAAAUCUAACUAAAUUCAUUAUGGAUCAAGAACAAACAGAGCACCCAGUUAAGUGCCUUGUUUAUGAUGCUAACAUUCUCUGGGCUUCUAAGGUAACAACCCAAUUGCGCAUAGCUGGUGCUGCCUUUUUCACUCAGUCAUGUGCUACUGCUGCUACCUACUAUCCCUUGUACUGUGAGCUUUAUGAAAAGACUUGUCUUUCCAUGCCUAGUUUUCCAGUCAUGACAGAAUUGCCCAAGCUCAGGUUUCCAAAUCUGCCAUCUCUUGGUUCUAGCACUGGUCGGUAUCCCGCAAUAAUCAUGCACAUACUUGGCCAGUUUGAUAACUUUGAAAAGGCAGACUGGGUCCUCUUUAACUCCUUCGAUAAGUUGGAAGAAGAGGUAGGUACACCAAAUUUCCUCUGCUCUUUCAAUCUUUUCCUCUUACAAUAUAAUAGCUAG